UUCCUGUCAGUGCCUGUGUUGAGCCUGUGCGCUGACCUGUCACUUGUCAACCAAGUGAUGAUUGUCAAUCAUGAAAUGAGUAGAAAGACAGAAAUGAGUAGAAUAAUAAUACGGGAAGCUGACAGGCUGUGAUAAUAGUAAAUAAUAAUAUGUAUUCGGCAAUCACCCUUUAGUAUUCAAUAUUCACCACUGGGUCCACAGUUAUGGAAAACAGGAGUGAAUGUAAUCUAAUAAAUGUAAUCUUUACCAACCUUAUAUUAAUUUCUUCCGACUUAUAAUAUAAAAAAAAGUAAAAGUUAUUUACAAUGGAAAGUGACGAAAUGAAGAAAAAAUUAUUCUCCUGCUUAACUCAACAAAUGAGUGAAAUCGAGUUAUUAAAUUCAAUGUAUCCAAACAAGGACGAAUUAAGUUUUACAGAUACAUCCAUUUUACAAGAAGUUAAGGAUUUUCUAGAGGAUAAAACUGAUUACACACCAAGACACAUUGACUUUGUAUUAUAUCUUUUUCUACAAAAUAUGAAAUUAGAGAUUUCAAUAAAUUUACCAACCUUCUACCCAGAUGAUGAACCGGACAUUUACAUAAGAUGUAAUCAAAUGAAUCGUCAACAAGAGUCAAGAUUGAAUAGAGGAGCAAUGGACUUUAUAAAAUCUACUCAUAACCAUGAAGCAUGCAUAUACUCAAUUGUAGCAUGGAUACAAGAGAAUAUAGAACAGUUUACUGAAGUAGAAAAAAACUCCCAAGAAUUAAUAGAUGAGAAUACAAAAUAUACAGAAGAGGUAAAGUUUGCCAGAUAUUGGAUAUUUUCCCAUCAUAUUUAUAAUAAGAAAAAACGUGAAGAAAUUGUUAAGCUGGCUAGAGAGCUUAAAUUAACUGGAUUUUGUUUAAGCGGCAAGCCUGGAAUUAUAUGUAUUGAAGGGAGUGAAAAUGACUGCAAAGAAUGGUGGAAAGUGAUAAAAUCUAUGAAUUGGAAAAAAAUUGUCGUUAGAAAAAUAGAACUAUUUGAAUUAUCCUUUCAAGCUAAGGAACAACGGUUUUCAAAAUUUGAAGAAAUUAUUUUUCAAAAUGCAUCUAGUCGUACUAAUAAACAUGCUGAUAUGAGUGGGUUUUCAAAAUAUAUGGAAGAAUAUAAUUUAACAGAAGCAUUCAACGACUUUUUUGGCUUUGACAACAAUACUUGACAUUGUUCCACUGUUAAAUUCUUAACACAUCAACAUACUGCCUGUACAAUGCAAAUUACAUUAAACUUAAUUAUAUGUUACCUACAACUAGCCAGAGAAGUUGAUUAGAAAUGUUUAUAGAUAAUAAUAAUUAUCAUUCUUGUAUUGGAGUAUAUUUGUAACAAUAAUUUUAAAAUUCAAAAUAAAAAAUAAUGAAAAAAGAACAGAAAUUUCUUUUGUAAAACCCAUUGGUAUUUUUAAAUGAGCUUUAAUAUGUAAUGUAAAACGCAGUGGUGGCUCAGUGGUCAGGACCUUGGACUUAAAAUCAAUAAUCAGGGGUUUGUGACUACGCAAGCAAGCAGGAUAUAAAUAGAUUUUUUUAAUUUGUGUAUGUGAAUUGCUUUGACAAAAUGACGCGCACAGCGCCCACAUAUAUAGCGUCCCGGGCACGUGUCUAUGAAGUAGUUUUAUAAGGACACUGCACAGUACUCUGCUAUGAAGUCAAAUGAUUAUGUGGGAUGCACUGAACCAAUAAGAUUUAAAAAGCCUGUUUAUUAUCAUAUUUCGUUAAGUUUUUAGUCACUCUUAGGAUUCAGAUUUUACCCAAGGGGAUCAUGACCUCUGUGAUUCGUACUUGUGCAAUUAUAAAUUUAAAUAUGUUGUUCUGCACUAUCUACCAAUUUUCUCUCUCAAACAUUUCCUGUAUCCUAAGAUUGCCCGGAAGUUAUAGCUUAUUAAUGAUAAAGCCGCCUUUUCUAAUACUUCUCUGUGUAUUUAUGUUAUUGUUGUUUGGCUUUUGUAUAUUAUGUUUGGAUUGCAAUAAAGUAUUUUUUUCUUCUAAGUCUUCAGAGUAAUUUUUUGUCUCUAUUUUCAUACUCGUUUCUCUCGUUAUAUGCUUGUGGUGUAAGCCUUAAAUUAAUUACUGCACAUAUUUACACUAAUAUUUAUAAAGUCGCAACUUUUGUAUCUUUGUAUGACCACUGGAUAAAUUUCCAAAAUUCUGAUUCUGAUUCUGAUUCUGAAGUGAUAUAGGACCCCGUAUUAUUAUACUACUCUUUGGACAUAUGCUAUU